UACUAUCAGUUUAUCAAAUGUGGUAACUUUUGUAUGGCAGGUUGUUAGUGGUACACUGUCGAACUAUAGACAGUUCUUUCGACAACGAAAAAUCACCUGUACUCAUGAGAGACCAGUUACAGAUCGUGCUCGCUAGAAGUACUAAUAGAACCGCUUUUGUCAUGACAGCAUCCAGUGAAUCCUGUAAACGCAAUGCAAAUGAACACAUCCCAAGUACUACAUCUUUUUAAAUGUUAACGGUGGGCAAUUUAACCAAAGCACACUCGGCUACAUAAUUACCGGUGCCUAUGCACACAGCACGGCCUACAAUCUAACUUUUUUGUUAGAUGUUGCACCAAGGCGAAAGGAGCCAAUCCCUUUACGGCGAUUGGUCGCUAGGCCGCUAUGCGUUUUGGUGGUUUGCUGCUGAUGCUGCAGCUUUGUAGCCUGUGCUUUCGCAACUUUGUCAUAGUUUUUCUUUAAUUGUGCAUUGCAUUUUUGUCUUAAAUUAAGAGUGCAAUACGAUGGUAGUUCCCGCUUUUCUGAGGAAAUCAAUGUUUCGUCAACCGCCAAAUCGUGGAGGACAAGAAAACUGCAAAGUAGCCGGCUGUGGGUAGCUAUUGAGCCAGCCAAUGUGGAUAUAUUUACAAAGGAAAACACUUAGCUUGCUACCUACGCGCAGCAACUGGGAAGCAAUCCAGGUGGACCGAUGCGUAUGCGUAUUCCACGAGUGGACAAACAAGGGGCCUUGAUUGGAAACAUCCAAGAUGACGGCAAACGAAAAUGUGUCGAUAUACUGAGUUAAGGAAAGCAUUUAAAAAGUUUGUAGAAACCUAAAAGCUGGCACUCUGCUCGCUCGCCGUGCACAUGGGGGUUUAUUUAAUGAGGUGAAAACAGUCAUAUAAACUAGCCUACACUAAUCGUUACAUUUGAGGCUAGCGUACAUGCUUAGCAGAAUACUGUAAAAUGAAACUUUGCUGCUAGUUGAGUGUUACUUUUUUUUACUAUGUCGACCGGGAAAAUCUCCCAUGUUUUGAUAAGCUAACCAUUGUUAGCCAGCGCUACAUAUUCUAAAAUGAAAACUUUAACACCUGAAUAGAGAGGAUGAGAGACGUUUCCUUUUGGGAUAGAAGAUAGUUUAAUAGCAAACGGGACCAUUAACUGCUUCGAGAAGAUGUUGUAGCUGUUGUAGAAUCAAGGGAUAUCAGCAGUGUCUCUGUUUUAAAAAAUAAUCAUUUUUAUGUAUGUGUGCGCAUUUUUAAGCCAGUAUUUUCUUGGAGUCUGAAGGACAAGAAAUGUGUUUCUUCUGAUUGUAGGGUUUCAUAUUUUUGAAAUUAAUGAUCGGUGUAACCUAAUUACUUUGGCAUCCUGGAAAACGUAAUAUUAUUACACCUGUCCGUCGACCGGGUUCGGUUCUACGUGCACUGAUUGCAUUUGGGAAGAAGGAAACAAUAGGUAGAUCUACAUCAUGGCAAGUGCCCUUGCGUCAAGAUUGGGUCUUAACUCUUUGCGGAGAAAACAGGCGAAGACUUUCAACGUAAAGAUCGUUACAAUGGACGCAGAAAUGGAAUUUAAUUGCGAGGUCAAAUGGAAAGGGAAGGACCUCUUCGAUUUGGUGUGCCGGACUCUGGGUCUCAGAGAGACCUGGUUUUUCGGCCUGCAGUACGACGUGAAGGACACCGUGGCCUGGCUGAAGAUGGACAAGAAGGUCUUGGACCAUGACAUCCCUAAGGAGGAGCCCAUAACCUUGCACUUCCUGGCCAAGUUCUACCCGGAGAACGCGGAGGAGGAGCUGGUGCAGGACGUCACUCUGCAUCUGUUCUUCCUGCAGGUGAAAAAGAAGAUUCUAGAAGAAGAGAUCUACUGCCCCCCCGAAGCAUCCGUCCUGCUAGCUUCCUACGCCGUGCAGGCUAAGUACGGAGACUACGACCACAACGUUCACAAACCGGGCUUUCUGGCUCAGGAAGAGCUGCUGCCCAAGAGGGUGAUACACCUGUACCAGAUGACUGCGGAGAUGUGGGAGGAGAGGAUCACUGCAUGCUACGCGGAGCACAGGGGACGAACGAGGGACGAAGCGGAGACGGAGUACUUGAAGAUAGCCCAGGACCUGGAGAUGUACGGCAUUAACUACUUUUUCAUUAGGAACAAAAAAGGAACGGACCUCCUGCUAGGGGUGGACGCCUUGGGCCUGCAUAUAUACGACCCCGAAAACAGGCUCACCCCCAAAAUCUCCUUCCCCUGGAAUGAAAUCCGCAACAUCUCCUACAGCGACAAAGAGUUUGCCAUUAAGCCUGUGGACAAAAAGACGGAUGUUUUCAAGUUCAACUCCUCAAAACUCAGAGUCAACAAGCUGAUUCUCCAGCUGUGCAUCGGGAACCACGACCUGUUCAUGCGGCGGCGGCGCGUGGACUCUCUGGAGGUGCAGCAGAUGAAGUCCCAGGCCCGCGAGGAGAAGGCCCGCAAGCAGGUGGAGAGGCAGCGGCUGGUGCGGGAGAAGCACCUGCGUGAGGAGGCGGAGAGAGCGCGGGACGAGCUGGAGAGGAGGCUGAUGCAGCUGCAGGACGAGGCCCAGAUGGCCAACGACGCCCUGAUGCGCUCGGAGGAGACGGCGGACCUCCUGGCGGAGAAGGCGCAGAUCGCGGAGGAGGAGGCCAAGCUGCUGGCCCAGAAGGCGGCGGAGGCGGAGCAGGAGAUGCAGCGCAUCAAGGUGACGGCCAUCCGCGGCGAGGAGGAGAGGCGGCUGAUGGAGCAGAAGGUGCUGGAGGCCGAGAUGCUGGCCCUCCAGAUGGCCGAGGAGUCCGAGAGGAGGGCGAAGGAGGCGGAGCAGCUGAAGCAGGACCUGCAGGAGGCAAGGGAGUCGGAGCGCCGGGCCAAGACCAAACUUCUGGAGAUCACCAGCAAGUCCGCCUACACGCCGACCAGUUUAUCAGCCAACGCCAUGCCGCCUGAGGUGCCCAACUUCAGCUUCAGCACGGAGAACCUCUCCUUCGACUUCAAAGACACGGACAUGAAAAGGCUUUCUAUGGAGAUCGAGAAGGAGAAGGUGGAGUACAUGGAGAAGAGCAAGCACCUGCAGGAGCAGCUGAACGAGCUGAAGACGGAGAUCGAGUCGCUCAAGCUGCGGGAGCGGGAGACGGCGCUCGACCUGCUGCACAACGAGAACGCGGAGAAGGGCACCAGCAAGCAGAGCAACUUCAAAAAGCUCACCCUACAGAGCACCAAAUCCAGAGUGGCGUUCUUCGAGGAGCUGUGAAUACUGAAAGGGAAGUGUGUGAGCGUGUGUGUGAGCGUGUGUGUGUGUGCAAGAACACGUGCGUGUGUGACUCCGUUUCAGUCUUUGCCUGACUGAAGAAAAUUACUAUAUUCCUAGUCGACAGGAAGACUGAACUGAACUCUAAACUGGUCUUCUAGCUCGUCUGGGAGAAACGGACACUGGCCACUAUGGAGGUGAAUUGCUGUCAAGUGUAAAGUUUACAUUCGGUGUGAAGGACCCUGUUACAACCUCUCAACACGUCUGGAGUGCCACCCUUAACAGGUGUUCAGCUCUAUUAGAGACGGACUGUACAGGUCUGCCUCAAGCAGACAGUAUGUUAAGCCUUUGAGUGUGGAUCUCUGGACUGAAACUGACAUGAAGGACCUUUUCUACCUUCCUGUGUUGCAUCUUUUAUUUUUUCUGCUGUGGGGGAAAAAUGAAGUUUAUUUGUAUUAUUAUUAAAAAUGCAGUUGUAGUUUUUUAAAAAUAUAUUUCUGGCGAUGUGAAGGUUUAACUGAACUUGUCUAUCUUUUUUAUGUCUUUGAAAGUGAUCAAUGUGAGGAGUAUUCACAAAUAAAUUGAAGUUUGCAUUAAA